GAAGCGUAUUAAAGAUUUAAUUCCACACUGAUUAAAACUGACACCUUCAGCCAAUCACACACUCGUCUUCAACAUCAGAAGCUAAUCUGCGAAAGCUAACCAUGAGAUUCAACCGUUAUUUGUACAGACAUGUAGCAUAAACAGCCGCUGUUUAAGGGAACUUCCCAAAAGACGGCUGUGCAUAAAGAACGUGUGUGUGUGUGUGUGUGUGUGUGUGUGUGGUUUGUGUUAGAUUUGAGAAGUUUCAAAACUUCCUGUUUUUGCACCUGAUCUCUAAACUGAGAACAGGAAGCAGAGCAGGAGCUGAAAACAUCAGCGCCCUUUACACGCUGUAAUGCACGCUAAUUAGUGCUGCUGUCAGCACCAGCUGAAGAAACAAUGAGCGACUCUGUGGAGAAAAGUUCAGACUCUCCUGCACCCAUGGAAAGUCCUGGAGCUGCUGGACUGUUGAACAUCUCUCUUCAGGAGAGACUGGAGGACGAGAGCGUGAUCUUUAAUGACUCGAGUCUCUCAGAGCAGCUCCAAGCUGAGCUCCAGGGUCUGCGUCUGGACGACUGCCUCACCGAUGUUGUCCUCAGCGUCCAGGACGAGAAGUUCUCCUGCCACAGAGCUGUCCUCGCCGCCACCAGCCUGUACUUUAGAGCGAUGUUCUGUACGGACCUGCGAGAGAGAUAUGAACAGUGUGUGAAUAUUCAGGGAAUCAAUGCAGAGGACAUGAGGAUGCUGCUGGACUACACAUACACUAGUAAAGUACACAUUAGCAAAGACAACGUCCAGAAAACUCUGGAGGCAGCCAGUCUCUUUCAGUUCCCACGGGUGAUGGAGGCAUGUGCGUGUUUCCUGGCCAAGUCGCUCCACCCAGAGAACUGUGUUGGGAUUCUGCGUCUGGCUGACACACACUCUCUAGUGGAGCUGAAGGCCCGAGUACAGGAGUACAUUGUGCAGAACUUUGGGGAUGUGGUGAAGCAUGAUGAGAUGCUUGAGCUGCCGUUAGACGUGCUGGUUGAGCUGUUGCGGAGAGACGAGCUGGCUGUGAACGAUGAGGAGUGUGUGUACGAGGCGGUCAUGCGCUGGGUGAAGGCGCAUCAUGUCGAGCGCCUGCCAUCCCUGGCUAGAAUUCUCGCUCACGUGAGGCUACCUCUACUAGAACCCUGCUACUUCCUGGAGAAGGUGGAGAGCGACCACAUGAUCCGUUCCUGCACUGAGGUUUUCCCAUUUCUACAGGAGGCUCGAGCUUAUCACCUGUCUGGGAGUGAGGUGAUUUCAGAGCGCACUAAGCCCCGCCUCCAUCAGUACCAGUCGGAGGUGUUUGUGAUCAUCGGGGGCUGCACUAAAGAUGAGAAGUUUGUUUCGGAGGUGACGUGUCUGGACCCCCUGCGGCGGAGUCGCCUGGAGGUGUCCAAACUUCCCGGCACUGACACAGAGUCAGAGAGCGAAGCCAGGAAAUGGGUGGAGUUUGCCUGCAUCACGUUUCGAAAUGAAGUGUACCUCUCUGGUGGUAAAGAGACACAGCACGACGUGUGGAAGUACAAUGCUUCACUGAAUAAGUGGAUCCAGGUGGAGUACCUGACCACAGGGCGCUGGAGACACAAGAUGGCGGUGGCAGGAGGGAAGGUGUAUGUGAUGGGGGGGUUCGACGGUGUUCAGAGACUCAGCAGUGUGGAGGCAUACGACCCCUUUCACAACAGCUGGGCAGAGGCAGCUCCUCUGCUCAUCGCCGUCAGCUCGUUUUCUGCUGCCAGUUAUGGUAACUGCAUCUACGUCAUCGGUGGUGGACCAAACGGAAAACUGGCCACCAACAGCCUGCAGUGUUUUGAAGCAGUGACGAAUAAAUGGACAUUAAAAAGUCCAAUGCCCAUCGAAGCUAAAUGCACCAACGCCGUUACUUUCAGGCACUCCAUCUACAUUGUAGGUGGUGCGAUGAAGGCCUUGUUCAGCUAUAGUCCAGGUACAGAUGUGUGGACGUUGGUCACACAACUGGGCAGUGAGCGGGCAAGUUGUGGUCUUUCAGCGUGCUGUAAUAAACUCUUCAUCACCGGGGGGAGGGAUGACAAGAACAAUGUCAUCGCCACAGUUCUGUGCUGGGACCCAGACAAGAACAUGCUGACGGAGGAGUGUGUGCUGCCACGCGGAGUGUCUCACCAUGGCAGCGUGACGCUCAGGAAGUCCUACACUCACAUCCGCAGGAUCGCAGCCACACACACAGAGUGAUCAUCAUCAUAUUUACACAAGAAAACUGACAGAGAACCAAAACACUGCACAGAGAGUAUUAGUGAAAAGCAUUUAUUAAAAGCAUUUAAAAAUAAGAACUCAGCUAAGAGAGGCAGUGAGUGGGACAGAGCACAGAAAUCCAGCUGUGUGCCAUCACACGUGCAGCUCACUCACACACACACACACGCACCCGCCUCUCCCACACGCGCACCCCUCUCACACGCACGCACCCCUCUCACACACACUAAUGUGCACACACGUGCAUUUCCCUGAUACACAUACCUGCAUUAUUCAAGUCUGAUAAAAAAGGGCAUCAAAAGGCACUGAUAUUUCUCAGCUCUUCAAUGUGAAGCUCUGUAGUGAACAAGCCCCGCCUCCUGCUUUCCCAUCACUCCAAUCCAAGUUCUCACCUUCCUCUGUGUGGCUGUGUAACAGACCCAAAGCUAAAACUGGAGCUCCGCCCACCAGACCCCAGA